ACUUUACCAUAAUCCAAGCCACAAAAAGAUACUUUCCACAUUAUUAAACCUCUCACACCCUCACAAACACUCACCAUCCUCUCCAAAAACCCUCAUCUCAAAAAACCAGCUUCAUUCCCACGCACACUCACACACACACAUUUCCGGCAACAAUGGCAGCCACCACUGCCAUUCUCAUCCUCUGCAUCUCCGCCGCACUAAUGUCCGCAUCUCCGGUCAACUCAGCACAGCACACCGGAGCUCCGGCACCGGCGGCAGACUGCUCAACAGUAAUCCUGAACAUGGCGGACUGCCUGUCGUACGUCACCGCCGACAGCAAGGUGAAGAAGCCGGAAGGAACGUGCUGUUCCGGUCUGAAAACUGUGCUGAAAACAGACGCAGAGUGUUUGUGUGAAGCGUUCAAAAACAGUGCUCAGUUAGGCGUAUCGUUGAAUAUUACUAAGGCGCUAGCGUUACCUGCUGCUUGCCAUAUUAAUGCUCCUUCUGCUACUAAUUGUGGAAUGAAUCUUGGAACUGCUGGAGCUCCUGCUCAAGCACCGAUGGGCGUGGGAAUGGCUCCAACCAUGGCUGCAUCUGGACCAUCGAUGGCUGCUGCUCCUACACCGGCUUCCCAGACCUCCGGUUCAUUCGGGCUAGCUGUGUCGACUGUCUCGGUUUUACUCAGUAUGUUGCUGUCUGUCUAUUUCUAUUCAUGCUGAGCAGUACGUAUUCCCACUUUGGUUAUGAUCUAGUGCCUAAGACUGGAAGUGAUGGUUAUUUUUGAGAGGUUAUUAUGGUUUUAUGUACCUAGAUUUCUAAAUAUAUCUUCCACUAGUAGAUUGCUAUUUACUUAUUUCUGUUUAAUUAUGUACUUGUAGCCUCGAUUGCGGUUUCUUUGUAUUUUAUGAGAUUUGUGUAUGAUCUAGCAAUGUUUUGUGUAUUC